AUAUAGAUUUGAUAAUUAAUUGUAUGAAUAGCACAGUUUAACACUUAAUUUGUAUCAAAACAUGCUAGAUAUUUUCCACAUUAAUCUUUAUAUUAUUGACUGGUAUCUUUUUUGGUAGGUUUUUUUUUUCAUUAGAUUUCACAACUACAACUCUUUUUGUUACCAAAUGGUCUAGAACUUCAGUAGCUACCAAGAAGUCAUUCUUUCCUACUGAAGCGAGCUUGUUACUCUUUAAAUAUAAUUGAACACUUCAUUUCAUAUCAUUAGUCUCACCACAUAUUGUACAAGAAUAUGGGAAAAAAUCAUGGUGAUGAUGAUGAUCUUCCUCUUUUCGAAACAAAGUCUGCCCAGAGGCGUACCCAAUUUAGAUUGUUUGUAGGAACGAUGUUAGUGGGGAUAUUCUCUAUUUUUGUGUACAGAUUAAGGUAUAUGCCAUUCCCAACCAAAGAAGAAGAAGGUGCAGUAGUCAUCUUAUUGGUUUGGAUUGGAUUGUUUGUGUCUGAGCUUUGGUUCACUCUUUAUUGGUUUGUCACACUUGUAGUUCGAUGGAAUCCCGUAUAUCGUCACACUUUCAAAGACAGGCUAAUUCACACCAGGUAUGGGGAGAAGGAUUUGCCGAGGGUGGACAUAUUUGUGUGCACAGCUGACCCAAAAGCAGAGCCACCGUUAAUGGUGGUGAACACGGUGUUGUCAGUGAUGGCUUAUGACUACCCUCCACACAAGCUUAGCGUCUACCUUUCUGACGAUGGUGCUUCGGAAUUGACAUUUUAUGCUUUGUUAGAGGCCUCUGAAUUCUCAAAGAAAUGGCUUCCUUUCUGUAACAAGUUCAAAGUAGAACCCAGAUCUCCUGAGGCUUAUUUCACCAACAAUAAAGCUUCUCAGCCACUCGAUGUCGAUGACCAUCGUGAUCAAUGGACCUCCAUCAAGAGGCUAUAUGAAGACAUGAAGACAAGAAUUGAAAGUGCUACAAAAGUUGGUAAAAUUUCAGAAAUGUUACGAAGAACACACAAGGGGUUUCUUGACUGGGACUCUGUUUCAAGCAAACGAGAUCAUCACACCAUUAUCCAGAUUAUUAUCGAUGGAAGAGAUCCCAAGGCUGUGGACAUUGAUGGGCAUGCUUUGCCAACUUUGGUAUAUUUGGCACGUGAAAAGAGACCCCAAUACCACCACAACUUCAAAGCAGGGGCGAUGAACUCACUGAUAAGAGUAUCGGCCCAAAUCAGCAAUGCUCCCAUAAUUCUCAACGUGGACUGUGACAUGUAUUCGAACUAUUCAGAAUCCGUGAGAGAUGCAAUGUGCUUCUUUUUGGAUAAAGAAAAGGGUCAUGAGAUUGCAUAUAUUCAGUUUCCACAGGCGUUUGAGAACCUCACAGAGAAUGAUAUUUACAGCGGUUCCUUGAGACUUAUAAUGGAGGUUGAUCUUCGAGGAUUUGACUCUAAUGGAGGGCCUUGCUAUAUUGGUACCGGGUGCUUUCAUAGAAGGGAAUCUCUUUCUGGUAAGAAAUACGAGGCAAGUAAUAAAGUAUUACUCGAAUGGAAAAGAAAGAAUGAAGAUAAGGGAAUUAGUGCAGAAGCUCUCGAAGAAACAUGUAAACUUCUUGCUAGUUGUACCUACGAAGAAAACACUAGUUGGGGAAAAGAGAUGGGUGUGAUGUAUGGGUGUGCAGUGGAAGAUAUUUUAACAGGACUUGUGAUACAAUGUAGAGGAUGGAAAUCAGUUUAUUAUAAUCCCAUUAGAAAGGCCUUUCUAGGAGUUGCUCCUAUAACACUUCAACAAGCACUUGUGCAACACAAGAGAUGGGGUGAAGGGAAUCUUCAAAUCUUUCUCUCAAAAUACUGUCCCUUAACGUACGGCUACAAAAAGAUUCCCCUACGACUUCAACUUUCCUACUUUAUCAGCUUGCUCUGGUCUCUAAACUGCUUCGCUUCACUCUACUAUGUCAUUGUGCCAUCACUUUUUCUUCUCAAAGGAAUCUCCUUAUUUCCUCAGAUUUCCAACAUAUGGGGUUUAUCAUUUCUCUACGUCUUCUUUGGCAACCGGGUGUACAGCCUUGGAGAACUUUUGAUGUGUGGAGGGACAUACUGGGAAUGGUUGAACUAUCAAAGAAUGUGGUUGUUUAAAAGGACCACUUCCUAUUUCUUUAGCGUCUUGGACCACGUCAUUAGGCUAUUGGGAUUCACUGAUGCAACCUUUAUCGUAACUGCAAAGGUGGUUGAUGAUGAUGUUUCUGAGAGAUACGAGCGAGAGUUGAUAGAAUUUGGUACUACUUCGCCAAUGUUCACCAUUUUGACCACCCUUGCAUUGCUUAAUGCCUUGGGCUUGAUUUGGGGUUUGAAGAGGUUGGUCUUCACUGACCAAAGUUUGGUUCUGAACCCAUUUGUAUUGCAGGCUAGUCUUUGUGCUCUGCUGGUUUUCAUCAACAUGCCAAUUUACCAAGCUAUCUUUUUAAGAAAGGAUAAGGGUAGACUUCCCAACUCAGUGAUUUAUCAAUCGAUUAUGCUCACUCUAGUAGCAUGUUCGAUUGUUGUUUGUUAGAAUAUUUGGCGAAACAUGUUUUAACUUAAGAGCAGUUGUAGUACUUGGUCAAGCCAAAUUGAACUACUUUGCUCAAUCUAUAUGUAAUAAUGUAAUUGUAUAUAAGCUCUAUCUUUAUGAUAUGUUUUUGGGUUAAUCAGAUUUUACUUGACUAAA